AUGCCCGAAUCAAGCAAGCUCCAUCCCGCCACUAUUGUGAUGAACAUCAAGUCUUGUGUCCCCAUUACUCUUGAUUAUGAGGGCAAGCAAUUCAAUAGUUGGUCGACCUUAUUCCAACUUCAUUGCCGUGCGAAUUUGGUUAUCGAUCAAAUAAUUCCACCACCGGUGGAUCCUUCGGCCAAGAAGACCGAACCCACACCUGCCGAACAAGCCUUCACGCAACGCCUUGAUGACAUUGUUCGACAAUGGAUUUAUGGGACAAUUUCUACUGACCUUUUAAAUACAAUAAUCGACCUGGAUCACAAAGCGGUCGAUGCGUGGAAACGGUUGGAAAAUUUCUUCCUUAACAACAAGUCUGUUAGGGCUUUGCAACUUGACGCUCAAUUCACAAAUACUCGGCUGGAGCAAUUUGAUGGCAUCAAGACAUAUUGCACUCGCCUCAAGACUCUCGCAGAUGGCUUGAAAAAUGUAGGAGAUAAAGUCUCUAAUAAUCGAAUGGCACUCUAA